GCCACUAAAAAAUUAUCGUACUUUUUAACUUCUCUAUCUCUCCUAAUUACCUUGGAAGAAAAAGAAACCGUUCGUUACACGCUACAAAAAAUGACAAAGAUUAGCAUUGGCCAGUAUCUCAUCAACCGCCUGAAGGAGCUCAAUAUUGACACCAUUUUCGGCUGUCCUGGCGAUUAUAAUAUGCCAUUGUUGGAUAUUAUUGAAGAUGAUAAGGACAUGACGUGGGGAAAUGAUGCAAACGAAUUGAAUGCUUCGUAUUCUGCUGACGGUUAUGCUCGUGUUCGUGGCGCCGGUGCUGUCGUCACGACUUUCGGUGUGGGAGAAUUGUCGGCAGCCAAUGGCACGGCUGGUUCUUACUCUGAAAUGAUCCCUGUUCUCCAUAUCGUUGGCGCGCCUAAUACCAAAUCUCAAGCUGAAGGAGCCAUUUUACAUCACACUUUGGGCAACGGCAACUUCCGUGUCUUCCAAGAAAUGUUUGCCAACAUUACCGUGGCCAAUUCCAUGAUCAAUGAAACCAAUGCUUUCAGUGAAAUCGAUCGUGUCAUCAAGAAAAUGUGUCUGAGCCGUCGUCCUGCCUAUCUUGGUAUUCCUAUCGACCUCGUCACCAAGGAACUUGACGCGGGCGACAUUAAGCCUUUGGAUCUUUCUUUGCCCCCGAAUCCUCCCAAUACGCAAAAGGCCGCUUUGAAAGCCGUGCUUGAUGCUAUCGAGAAAGCCAAGAAUCCUAUCAUCAUGGUAGAUGCUUGCACCCUCCGCAAUAACCUCACGCGUGAAGCAAGAGAAUUCGCUGACAAAACGGGAUUCCCCACCUACGUGGCUCCCAUGGGUAAAGGAGCUGUCGAUGAAUCCGCCGAGCACUAUCGCGGUUGCUACAGUGGUUCCGUGUCGUUGAAGGAGAUCGCCAAGGAAGUUAGAGAUUCCGAUUUGAUUUUGGAAAUUGGCUCGGUGCAAUCCGACUUUAACACAGGUGGCUUCUCGUAUGAAUUGGAUCAGGACAAGAUUAUCGCCUUCCACACGUUCGCCACCAUUGUCUGUCGUGCUACCUACGAAAAGGUCGGCAUGUCCGAGUUCCUCCCUCUGGUUAUCAAAAACUUGCCCGAAAAGAAACGCCCAUUCACUUUGGGUCCUCGUGCUCAACCCAACCCACCGGAUAAUGGAACGGAAAUCACCCACAGCUACUUCUGGAACAAGAUGCCCGACUACAUGCCACCUCGAUCCGUGGUGAUUGCUGAAACCGGUACCGCUGAGUUUGGCGUUUUCAAUAUGCGUGCACCCAAGGAUUCCACUUUUAUCACUCAGGUCCUCUGGGGUUCCAUCGGUUACACCGUCGGCGCGUGUUACGGUGCGGCCAUGGCUGAUAAAAGCCGUCAGGUCUUCCUGUUUGUCGGUGAUGGUUCCUUCCAAAUGACAGUCCAGGAAGUUUCCGUGAUGAUCCAUCAAGGUGCCACACCCGUGAUUUUCCUUUUGAACAACGACGGUUACCUCAUUGAAAAGUUGAUUCACGGUCUUCACCGAGACUACAACAACUACCAAAUGUGGAAGUAUGCCGACACCAUCGAGUACUUUGGCGGUAACAUGGAACAUAAUCACAAGUUCCCUCGUCACGCCAAGAUUGGUGUGCAGAGCAAGGUCAGUACCCGCCAAGAAUUUGAAGCCGCCAUGGAAAAGGUCGGUCAGCAACCAGGCCAUAUCCAUUUCCUUGAAGUGAUCAUGCCUCGCUUCGACGCUCCCAGAGAAUUGUUGUUGCAGGUCGAUACUUCCGAAAACCGCUAAACCUCAUUUUUCACUUAAUAUGUAUGGCUUGAUGAGAACCAUGUUU